AAAAGCAAUGCUUGUGUCGAGCUGCGUAGCCAUUGUCACUGACGUUAUGUGUGAUGUUCGAAGGAAAUCCCCCUAAAAUCAUGGAUACCACUGAUCAUCCGGCAGUACAAGGCUACCAGCAGUCGGCACAGAACACGAGUGUAGGGGUGACGUCUAGUGGAGAAUCGGGAGGCCCGGCUCCUGCUAAGCCAGUCAAAGUCAAGGUGGAGGAACUUGUCAAGGACGGCAACGAUAUGGCACCGAGGGCACCAGUAAAGGAGGAGACAAAAGAGAAGAACCAUGUUGACCAAGAGGAACGAGAAGAUGAAGAUGAGGAGAGCGGAGAGAAUAAUACCACACUUGAGGAGGUAGAGCAGACGUCGUCUGGAGUCGUGCAGCCGCCUGUCGUGAGAACCGGCCUCAGAAAGGGACGCAGAACCAAUCAACUGGACUAUCUACUCAAGGUCGUCAUGAAGGCAUGUUGGAAGCACCAGUUUGCCUGGCCGUUCCACGUGCCUGUGGAUGCAGUUAAACUGAUCUUGCAGGACUAUCAUAAAAUUAUAAAGAAUGCAAUGGAUUUGGGAACCAUAAAGAAAAGGCUGGAGAACUACUACUAUUAUACUGCACAGGAGUGCAUUCAAGAUUUCAACACAAUGUUCACAAAUUGCUAUGUCUAUAAUAAACCUGGAGAGGAUGUCGUCUUGAUGGCGCAAGCCGUCGAGAAGCUCUUCCUCACGAAGGUGGCGCAGAUGCCGAGCGAGGAAGCCGAGCUCCCGAUCCCCGUUAAGGGCGGCAAGAAGAAGAAGGGGCGGCCGCCGGGGAGACCCGUCGCUGUGACGUCGACGUCGUCGUCGGUGGCUCCGGCCGCGCAGCAGCUGCCCGUGCCGAACAACGUGUCGAGUACGACGACGACACAGGCGCUCCGCUCGCCGCCGCCGCCACAGCCGCCGCCGGCGCCACCUGUGAAGGUGGCCGUCGCUCCCACGCGCGCCGAGGCUCAGGUGCGCGCGGGCGCCCAGCUGCGCACCGAGAGCCAGAUUGCGGUGACGUCUUCGCCACCGCCGACCUCCACUGUUACGACUGUUCGUCAGGCGGUGACGCCAGCGCCGGUCGUAACGACGGCGCUACCACGUGCUGCACCAAUACCUGUUCCCAAUAAAGUACUCGUCUCGCCAACAAAACCUAAGCGAGCCGUCAAGCGGAAGCCAGACACCACGACACCGACGACGGCGCCGUCGCUCGACCCGUCGUCCGUCUACGACUUCGACGCCGGACCGACGCCUUCGAAGAUCGGCACGCGGCGCGAGAGCGGGCGUCCGAUCAAGAAGCCGAGCCGAGACCUGCCGGACGAGCUGGUGUCACGUGCACAAGGAACAAGAACAAGAAACAAGGAUGGCAGAAAAUCGCCGGUGCUGCUCCAACCCCAGCACAGUGUGAAAAGUAAGAAGGGGAAGAUGUCUGAACAAAUGAAGCACUGUAGCAAUAUACUUAAAGAGUUGACUGCAAAGAAACAUGCAGCAUAUGCAUGGCCAUUCUACAAACCUGUUGAUGCAGAGGCACUGGGACUUCAUGAUUAUUUCGAUAUCAUAAAAUGUCCUAUGGACUUGAGUACGAUUAAGAGCAAAAUAGACAAUCGACAGUACAGAAAUGCAGCAGAGUUUGCCGCAAAUGUCAGAGUCAUCUUCACAAACUGCUACAAGUAUAAUCCUCCGGAUCAUGAUGUAGUGGGCAUGGCGAGAAAGUUGCAGGAGGUGUUCGAGGUGAAAUAUGCAAAGAUGCCGGACGAACCGACGCCGAGCAUGGAUGAGGAGGCUGAGGGCGGCGGCUCGUCGUCAGGGUCGUCGUCAAGCAGCGAGGAGGAGGACAGUGAGGAUGAGCGCGAGAAGCGGCUGCAGCAGCUACAGGCGCAGGUGCACAAGUUAAAAGCUGUUCACGAGCAACUUGCUCAGCUCUCUGCACAGAAGUCAUCGAAGAAGGACAAGAAAAAGAAAAAACACAAACACAAAGAGAAGAAAGAUAAAGAGGAGAAGCCCAAGGCAGAGGAGCUAUCGAAGCCAGCAACAGAACCCCCUGCCGCGCCGGUCAGAACGCCAAUAUAUGCGCCAAGGCCACCCGGGGCUGCUCCAGCCAAGCCGCCUCCAUCGACCACAGUUGGCAAACCAGCUAAGCCUAAGCCAGCGGCGACGCUGACGUCAGGGACCAAAGCUCAGACGCCGAAAGCCGGACCAGGGCAAAAGCGAAAGGCCGGAAAGAGCGCGGGGAAGGGUGCUGCGUCGAAGGCCAGUAAAGCGUUGCUGCCACCGUUCGACAGCGAUGAGGAGGACAAUGCGAAGCCGAUGACGUACGAUGAGAAACGGCAGCUCAGUCUAGAUAUCAAUAAACUGCCAGGCGACAAGUUAGGUAAAGUUGUUCACAUCAUUCAGUCUCGCGAGCCUUCGCUGCGCGACUCGAAUCCUGAUGAGAUAGAGAUCGACUUUGAGACGUUGAAGCCAUCUACCUUGCGAGAGCUUGAGAUGUAUGUUGCGACAGUAUUAAAGAAGAAACCACGAAAACCUUACACUCGACGAACUCCGGGAAAGUCGAAGGAGGAUUUCCAGAAAGAAAAGAAGCAGGAGCUCGAGAAACGACUGCAGGAGGUCGGUGGCCAGCUAGCACCGGGCAAGAAACAGAAAUCGAAAGAGCUGGAGGGAUCUAGCGGGCAGAAGAACAGCACGGGGGCCACGAACGCUGCCGGUAAACGGCUCAGCGACAGCAGCAGCUCCAGUUCAGACAGCGACUCCAGCAGCAGCAGCUCUUCGUCGAGCUCCUCCGACACCAGCGACUCUGAGUGACCAUCUUGCGGCGCCACCUACGUUUUUUCUUCGGAAAACACGGAUUUUCCUCCAGUGAUCUUUAAAUCCCAAACGUUGUAGGUGUGCGUGCGUGCGUGCGUAUAUGAUGGACGUGUGUAUGUGUGUGUGCAUCCGUGCAUGUAUGAGGUGUGUGUGUUAGUGUGCGUGCGUACAUAUGUUAUGGGUGUAUUCGUGCGUGUGCGUGUGCGUGUAUGUGUGUGUGUGUAUGUGCGUGCAUUCGUGCGUGUAUAUUUACGUGUGUGUUGGUGCAUGAGUGCGUGCAUAAACUCGUAUAAAGUUAUGAUGAUUGCGAGGCGGAUUUGUGAUGUGUCCGUUUGCCGUAGUUGUCGCAGUGUUGCCUGCUGUACAUUACUGCUAGGCUGCCUAAGCUGUAGUGCUCAUCUAUGGCUCCCUUCCUCGAUACUUCUCCUUAACACACUGAUUAGCAAAUUGGGGAAACCACGUAUAAUACUGCCUCACAACGUAGAGAACGUUGACGCUGUCCCGAUUACUCGCAGCGACUCGGUAGUGUGUGACGACGACGGCGACGUGUUGUUAGUGACGGCAGAAAUUCUGAUCGUCCUCGUGCGUUUCAUUCCUGCUAGGUGGGUGGCUCGUGUAUGAUCAGCGUCGGGGCGAUGCUAUCACCAUAUGUAAGCAGUAGUAGAAGUACACUAGUGACCGUGCUGGCUGUGUUCGCUCUCUCUAAGUCGUCACCAGCUGUGUAAUGCCAGCUUACAUGUAUGGCCUUUAGGUAACGUGAUUCCAAGUUAUACUCUUUGUUAUUGUUUGGUGAACAUGUGUACAUGCAAGAUUUGGCAACAAUCAAGAAAUAUUAUAUAAGAUGAGUAAUUAAUUUGAUGUGACAUGCUUCGAAAGCAAUGUAUGUUGUACAUACAAAUUUAUAAUGUUGGCAAAUAGUAUUUAAUAUGUUUAACAUGUACGAGGAUGCAAAUGCCUGUUUUUAUAUGAAUGCUUGAUGAUUCAGCUCAAAAACGUGUUAAUUUCGAAAAGAAAAAACAUCUUAAACUUAUUGGGGAAAAAAAUAUGAGAAAAAAAGCAGUCCAAUGUCCAUCGUGUACGUAGGUAUGCAGUUUCAUUAUUGCAUGUUUUAUAUAUACAGUGUUUUUGUAUGUAUUCGCCUGCCGGUGUGAGAAAGGAAGCAGUGCUGCGCAAUAGGAGUCCCCGAUAUCACCGCAUGUCCCCGUAGAAAUAGGCGUUUUGCCUGUGUCGGAAUAGCCCUUUGCGUUUGACUGAGAAGAAGAAGAGGUAGUCGUGUAAUCGAACGCUGACUGCGGCACGAGGGUCGGGUAUAGAGCUUCCUCCACUCAACUCACCUGUCCUGUCGGAUGCAGUGACAUCAGCUGGAAACCCGCGGAAUCUAGUCCAUGCAGCCCCAGCGAUUCCACAAAGGGUGCCACGUUGGUUGCAUUUGUCGUUCAUAUCUCGAUGCUAGGGUUAGUUUCGGCACAGCACCGCAGAGGCUGGUGUAGGAGGCUCGUAUGCAACGUUGAAAGUGAUUUUAUCUGCCCGUUGGUUUUCAGGUGGUUGCUGGCUGCAUGACUAAUAUGAUGUCGUGUGAGAGAUGGGGUAUCAUUAUGAAUUGCCCAUUUGUACAUUUGUACAGAACUACAUUUUUAAACUGUAGUUAGAUGUGAAUAAAUUAUCAAGUUAUUGUACAAAACAA